CUCUGUAGGUGUAGUUUUCGUGUGAUAUAAAAGUUGAUAAAAGUGGUAUGUUCGCGUCAACCAAUCAAUUAAUCAAUAAUUGAAAUAGGAGACUAAUGGGUAAUCUACAAGAUUUCACACAGGCCUUGACCCACUGGUCGUUUGGCGUCGCUAUACUGGUUGGUCUAGUGUCAUCUGAAUUUUCUGGCGCCGAAACCGUAGCAGCUAUAUUAGUUGCAGGAUUUUCAUCGACGUUAUCAGCACUUUGCAGCUCGGUCUCUAAUGGAACGGAUGAACAAUACAGGAGAAAGAAAUUUUCCAAUACUCUAUACUUUCUUAUCUUAUGGUUAGAUAUAUUAACAAACUUAGUAGCUGCUGCAACUUGCGCUAGGUUAGCAAGUGCUACCGUCGAUUACAUAAGUAAAGGCCACUUCAAGGAGUUCUUGUUCGGGUUAGAACAGCACUCUCUGGUCGAACCUUGGCCUGACGUUUUAGGAGUUACUAUCAUUGUGGUCGUCACUAUUUUAUUUAUGAUGGGCCUAGAGAGAUCCUCAACCAUUUCAAUGCUAUUAUUCGUGGCAUUAUUGUGCAAUUUCGCCUUUUUUACUACAAUAGGAAGUUUCCAUACUAUAACGAAGUUUUGGAAAUGGUGCGAAGGUUUUAAGAUCCAUUCAUACAGAGAGGUUCUAAGAGCUGCUGCAAUAUGUUCAUUUGCAUUUGUACAUAAUAUUCCAAAAACGGAGAAGAAUCAUUGCCUAAAGAUGUUUACCAUGGUUUUUAAUUCUUUGGUCUUUUAUACAGUCACAGCUAUAAUAUUUUCAUUAAUGACGCACUAUAGAGAAUUGAUGGGGACAGCUAUCCCACUUGUGCAAGUUUUCGAAAACAGAGAUGUUGAUUGGGCUAGGCCUCUUAUAGCGGCAUUCACAAUCUGUGUUGUUUGCUUAGUUCUGACAGAUGUGUUACCAGCUGUAUUUUGUUCAUUUGUGAAACUAUCGAACAAAGAAUGGCGUGUUUUUGUGCCAUCGAUUCAGUAUCAAAGUCCCUUGACCGGAGCUCCAAUUUUAGCUAUAUUUGCAGCAGGGAGCCUAGCAGCUAUUCUAGCAUUCGCGUGCCCUUUGUCUCACUUAAUUAAACUGUUGAAUACAUCUUCACUGGUGAAAUGCGUCACAAUUUCCUGCCAGCUCAUGUUCAAUAGAUAUAAAUCUGAAAUAAACUAUGAUUGUUUGGUAUACAAUACGAAUAUACAUUAUAGCAAGCUGAAUAAUAAUUCUGUGAAGUCAACGAUUCAAAACAAAUCGCAGUAUAUUAAAGAAAAAAUUAAGUCACUAUUUUCUUCCAAGCCAUACUACAUACAUCGAUUAAGUUCUCCAAAAAAUGUUGGUCGUAAACUGGGCAACGUCCCUCAGAAUAAAGUGGAGGAACGAGAAUGUCUAUUGCUAGACGAUUACAGUAACAAGUCAUUAAAUAUCGACUUAGCAGAAGACAGUGCUUCAGAAAAUGAUGAGAACGAUAUAGUAUUCUGCAGCGAUGGAGAAGACUCCGGUAGCUCAACUGAUAUAGACCUAAUUGUUGAGGAAUAUCGAGAGGGCCUGAAGGUAGCCGCCGUAGGGAAAUUUAACGAAAGGAGGCCAGCUACGAAACUUACAUCAAUAAUUGUUGUUAUGUGUUUAAUAAUAGUUAUAUUUUCCUCUAUAAGCCUAUCGCUCUACAUGUUAAAUGUUAUGAAUGUACUGUGGCCUAGUAUUGCAGGACUCAUCUUGCCAUUUAUUGUUACAACAGCAAUGCCUCAAAAUACUAUCGACAAAUCAAAGCCAACUACUGUUCCGUCCAUACUGUUUCCAUUUUGCCACAUAACUUCUAUUGUUCUUAACAUAGUUUUGCUUUCAACGAUAAUAAUGGAUAUCUGGGAGGGCCUGGUGUUUUGGUCAAUAGCCGGUCUACUCCUAUUCUGGCGUUGCGAUUGCUGUACGUGCGAAGGGCUCUUCAAAAACAAUAAGGUUAACAUCACUUCACCCGACGACCCAGCUUGCGACCAAAAAAACAACUUCAGGGAUACCGUUUACAUAACUAGAUGACACAACGAGUAUUUGGAUGAAGAUAAUCUAAUAUCGGACUCCGAGGAAGACAUUUAACAGCGACGACGAUGGUGCAAUGACAUAACUUACUGUCUUAACAAAAGAAACAAAUCAAAUGUGAUGGAUCGUGCUAGAUUUUA